AUGAGUUUUUUGUAUUUAUCAGGAGUUGAUCUAAGUAAUGCAUCAUUUCACGGUCGAUAUUUAGUUAAUUCAACAUUUAUUGAAUCGACAUUAACAGGAAUGAAUUUUCAACAUAGUGAUCUACGCGAUGUAGAUUUUUACAAAUCAUCAUUAUCAUUUUCAUCAUUUGCUAAUGCACGUGCUAGUGGUUCAGAUUUUAGUAAAGCAAAUCUGUUUGGUGCUAACAUUAAAAUUGAUCAAUUAUUAGAUGCAUUUUCAAUGAGUGGUGCCGUACUACCGAAUAAAACGAAAGGACGAAAUGAAAAUCUUCUCGGCAAUGGUGAUGCUGAAAAAUGUACUACACAACAAUGGAUUAUUAAUGGUCAUUGGUCAUCUAUUCGUGCAUAUAAUUAUAGUAAACGUGGAGAACAAAAUUCGAUCAUGAUCAAUGAUAGAAAUUUUUAUCCUGGUAAAUGUUACUUUUCAGCUAAUAAUAACAUUACCGAAGCGUCCAUGCAUCAAAUUAUUCAAUUAAAUGAUAAAUAUCAACAAUGGAUUCGACAACGACGAGUUAUUCCUUAUGUACGUGGGUAUUUUGGAGAACUGCCAUACAAUAGUGGUCAAAAUGAACAAGUGACAUUUAUUGUCACACAAAUCGAUAGUCAGAAUCAAACAUUGCACUCAUUUAUUCAUCAUCCUCCUAUGUCAAAACUACGAUAUUAUGAGGAAGCAGUGAAACCACUUCUCGCGAAUGUGACAAAGAUUCGUAUCGAGAUUCAAUUUAAACGAGGAACGAAGAAAUCGCAGAUAGAAUACUCUACUAAUUAUGGUUUUGCUGAUUUAAUUGAUUUAUCUAUUGAAUCAGUUUGA